AUGCAAUCCAAGGUUUUUAUUCUCUCAGCUGUCCUUUUGGGCUCGGCUAGCGCCUUCUUGUUCCCACCAGCCCCAACCGGCGGCGGCUGCUGCCCACCACCAGCCCCAUCAUGCGGUUGUGCCCCACCACCACCACCAUGCCCACCUCCACCACCACCACCCCCACCAUGCCCACCACCACCAGCCUGUGCCCCACCUCCACCACCAUCUCCAUGCGGAGGCGGCAUCGGCGGAGGUGCCGGAUACGCCGUGUCAGGAGGUAGCGGAGGAUACGCUGUUGCCCCAGGUAAAUUUCAACUUUUUGUUUUAUUAUAAUUGUUUACUUUUCUUUAGUUUAGCUCUUGAAUUAUAUAGCUUUUUCAAUUUUUUUGAUUAAAAUAUCAUUUUUAAAUUCAUAUGUUUUAUAGCCGCCGGAGGAUCUUAUGCUUCACCACCAGUUGCCCCAGCUUACGGAGGUGCCGGAGGAUACGCCACUGGACCAGUCGGAGGAUUCGGAGGAGCUCAAGGUGGAUAUGCCGCUCCAGCCGGAGGCUACAGCGCCGGACCAGCUGCCGGAGGAUACGCCGGAGCUCAAGGAGGAGGAUACGCCGGAUCUCAAGGAGGCUACAGCGCUGGACCAGCUGCUGGAGGAUACGCCGGAGCCCAAGGAGGCUACGCCGGAUCUCAAGGAGGUUACAGUGCCCCAGCUCAAGGAGGCUACAACGCUGCCCCAGCCGGUGGAUCUUAUCAACAAGCCCCAGCCCCACUCCCAGUUGCCGCUCCUCAACCAGCCCCUGCUGCUUCAGUAGCCCCACUCCCACCUCCACCACCACCAGCUCCAGUCAGCGGCCAACAACAAGGCCAAUACGAAGAGGACUCUAGCGACGGAUACGAAGAGGAAGCUGCCGCUCCAGGCUCCAACUACCAAGAAACCCAAACUUCUGCCCCAGCCCCAGCUGCUUACCAAGAACAGACCGCCGCUCCCGCUGCCGCUCCAGCCUACCAAGAGCAACAAACCGCUGCUCCAACCCAAGCUCCAGUUUACCAAGAGCAGCAAACCGCCGCUCCAGCUCCAGCCGUCGCUCAAACCUACCAAGCAGAAACCCCAGCUCCAGCUGCUGCUCCAGCUUACCAAGAAACUCAAACUGCCGCUCCAGCCGCCCCAGCCCAACAGAGCUACAACCAACAAGAGGUCGGAAACACCGAAGAAGGCCAAGAAUACGAAGAAGAAGGAGCCGAAUACGCCGAUGACCAAGCCCAAGAAGGCGAAGGACAAGAAGAACGUCAAGGCUACAGAAAGAGAGUCGCUCGCAGACGCGCCCGCGUCCACGCCGCCUCCACAGUCAAGCUGAACCCUAAGUGUAACAGCGAGAAGUUGCACGAUAUCUUGGAAAAGGUGGGUAUUAUUUAGUUGUAAUGAAAAUUACUGACUACGUUAUCUAUAUGCAAAGGACGAUGUUACCUACUUUAAAGAAAAAAACAAGAAAGUUCAAGUUUUAGUCCUGCAAAUGUCUUAUAAUAGGUACCUAGAAGCCUAAAAAUGCCUUUGAAAUUAAUAUCUAAAUCUUCUUAUCUUUAGAACAUCGCUGAAUCCACCUCCCACUCCAAGCGCGCCAUCGCCAAGGCCGCCAAAAAGGAAUUCGGAAGCAACUUUGACGUCGUCUGCUCGAUCGGCGACUUCUCCUACUUGGCCAACACCAGACUAUUCUGCGAACACAAGGUCCAAGACAUUACCUGCUUCGCUUUCGAGCACUAA